UUGUUGAGUUCACCCGUAGUUGGUAACUUGCUUUGUUGGAAACAUUGAAGCUCUUCUAAAUUCUGUUUCUCUUUUUCCUUUCUCUUUCUUCACCGUCUCCUCCUCCACAAUCCCUAUCAAUAUUCAACUUUCUUUGAUUUUCACUUCCAUCCACUAUGACAACCAUUAUUGGCCUUAACCAAAAACCUCUUUUCCAUCUUUCACUCCUUCUUUUGAUGCUGUUUUCUUCUUCCACCGAAUCCCUCAGAUUCGAAAUCCAAUCCGGUACAACCAAAUGCAUCUCCGAAGACAUGAAGAGCAAUUCCAUGACAGUUGGAAAGUACUCCGUCGUUAAUCCCAACGAGGGUUACCCUUUACCUGAUUCCCAUAGAAUCACCGUUAGGGUGACUUCGUCUCAUGGAAACAACUAUCACUAUGGAGAUCGUGUUCAAUCAGGUCAAUUUGCAUUUGUUGCAGCGGAAGCUGGAGACUAUAUGACUUGUUUCUGGGCUGUGGAUAGCAAACCAGAGGUGAAGUUGACUAUUGAUUUGGAAUGGAAGACUGGUGUAGCAGCUAAGGAUUGGUCUAAGGUUGCUAAGAAAGGUCAAGUUGAUGUAAUGGAAAUAGAACUGAAGAAGCUACAAGAAACUGUUACUUCCAUUCAUGACGAGAUGUUUUUUCUUCGUGAAAGAGAAGAAGAAAUGCAGGAGCUCAACAGAAAAACCGACAGCAGAAUGUUCUGGUUGAGUUUGCUUUCCCUCUUUGUCUGCUUAUCUGUAGCUGGGUUGCAACUAUGGCACUUGAAGUCGUUCUUCGAGAAAAAGAAAAUCAUUUAAAAUUGUGAUAGUUUAUUUUAUAUCUGCUUUUGUAAAAUAUACCGGCAUUAAUUUAUCCCAGAGGAGACGCAUAAUGGUAGUCAGUUGUUAAAUGCAAAUCAGGUGUGACCAGACGAGUUUCAAAGGAAUUGAUGUUCUGCAAUUUGAGGGUUAAGCAAGAUGGUGGUUGGGUGAAAUUGCAAUUCCUAACCUCUGAUCUAGUGAGACAAUGAUAAUUUGCUAGGAAAUAUCAUUUACUUUCCUAUCUUUUUUCCUUUUACUUAUUUUAUUUCACAUCCCAAGUGUGGGAAAACGAAUUUAGUAAGUUUAAAAGCUGUUUUGGGCUUGUUUUUUUA